CAACAAGAACUUCCUGGUUUUAGCACUGGAAGUCCUAUCUUUCGGCAACUCCCUCAGUCCUGGGCAAAUUGGAAAGGUUCCUGUUGCAUGUAAAUCCUGUCCCUGUGGUUAUGUAUUUAUUAAUAGGACAUCUCUAAAAAUGAAACAGUUGGAGAAAUCAUCACCUUUCACAGAAGUGAACAAUACCAUAUCUUUGAAAGAUUUACGAAUACUUUUUUUAUAUGAAUUUAAACUAGGACACAGUGCAGCCAUGGCAAGUAGAAACAUCAAUUCUGUCUUUGGAGAAGGCUCUGUUAGUGAAAGGACUAUCCGAUGGUGGUUUGAAAAAUUUCGUUCUGGGGAUCUGAGUCUGAAAAAUGAGCCUCGAGGGAGACCCAGAUCGGUUUUAAAUGAAGAUCAGUUGAGAGCCAUGGUAGAAGCUAAUCCCAAAACAGCAAUUCGAGGCCUUGCAGCAGACUUAGGAGUUUCUGCUACUACAAUCUCUCGACACCUGGCUGCAAUAGGAAAGGUGAAAAAAUUGGACAAGUGGGUAGGUACGACACCUAUUGAUGGACAAUAAUAAACUCAGAUGGUUAGAGAUAUGCUCAUCUCUUAAGAUUUGAAAGAGCAGAGACCUAUUUUGGAGAGGAGCAUAAACUUUGAUAAAAAAUGAAAUUGAAAGUCAUCUGGACAAUGGUUGGAUAUUGAUGAAGUUCCUGAAUAUGUGUUAAAACUGUUAUUGCAACCAAAAACAGGUUGUAUGGUGGUCUGCAAAAAGAGUGUUUCAUUACUGCUUUCUAACCUAGGUGAAACUAAUAGUAGGUUCUUACUGUCAAAAAGUUGAAAUUGUAUCAAAAAUUGAUUUAAAAGCACUCUGUUUUGGUUAGCAGACUUUUCCAUGACAGCAUUUGACCACAGAAAUCACAUACCACCAUAUGGAAGUUAACUGAAUUGGGUUAAGAAAUUUUGCCACUUCCAUCAUACUCACCUGACUUUUUUUCAAGGGAUUACCACCCUUUCUGUCAUUUGGAACUCUUCCUAAGAAACAGAACUUGCUGCAAUUGAAAACCAGUAAUUGAAAGAUUUGAAUAAAUUUUAGCAAUGCUGAAUUUUAUAAAUAUGGUAUAUAUCACUUAAUAUCUGGGGCAGUUUAUCAUUUUGGGAAAGCAGUUAAUGCUAACAGUGCCUACUUUGGUUGAAUAAAGCUUUUCUUUUUCUCAAAAAUAAAACAUUUUCAUUUGGCCUACAAAAA